CCAAAUUUCCGUCCACGUUUUCCUCCUCCACGCCCAUCAUCUGAGAAUUGACAUUUUUGGAAAUGACCUGCGGUGACCUUUCACCCGGUUGAUGGAGGUUAACCGCAUCAACAUGCAGAGCGACAACCGUGACCCGGACAGGCCUGCUCAUCCCGGGAUUUUCCUAACCCGCGAGGCCGGGAAGAGCGACCACCAGCCGGCGGGACGCAGCGUGGACUUCCCGGUGUCUGUGGUUCUUCCUGCCGGCGGCACGGGAGAGAGAACCGGACUACAGACACCCAAACAGUUCUGCUCGUUUCUGGGUCGUCCGCUCAUAAGCUACACUAUCCAGGCUUUCGAGAGGGUGUCGUGGAUCCAGAGCAUCGUGGUCGUCGUUGCCAAAGAAAGCAUGGACCUGAUGAUGGACAUCGCCCAGCGCUUCCAGCACGGGAAGGUUCGAGCGGUGCCAGGCGGCUCGACUCGUCACCGGUCGAUAUGUAACGGAGUCCUGGCUCUGGGCGAGGGGGAGGAGGGGCGGCCGAAGGUGGUCAUCAUCCAUGAUGCCGUGCGGCCUUUUGUGGAGGAGGAUUUUCUGUACAAGAUAGUCAUGGCGGCCAAGGAACAAGGGGCAGCGGGAGCCAUCCGACCUCUCGUUUCCACGGUGAUAGCCACCACAUCAGAGGGCUACCUGGAUCAUUCUUUGGAGCGAGCCAAGUACCGAGCCAGCGAGAUGCCUCAGGGAUUCACCUAUGAUGUCAUCCAUCAGGCCUAUCAGAGGUGCAGUGAGUCAGACUUCGAGUUUGGCACCGAGUGUCUUCAUCUGGCUCUGCAGUACUGUGGCACCAAUGCCAAGCUCAUCCAGGGUCCGCCAACACUGUGGAAGGUAACCUACAAACGGGAUUUGGCUGCUGCAGAGUCCAUUAUCAAAGAGACUCUAUCGAGGUCGGCCUGUGUUGUCACAGGUGGAUCUGCAGAAGCUGUGACGCUGGCCGGUGCUCUCCAGAAGGCUUUUGGAGCUCUCAACAUGGAGCUGGAUCUCAUCCCAGAUCUGAUGGGAGAAAACGCCAAAUAUCUGUUAACGGGGUCGAACUUCAUCCAGGUUUCUGUCAGUCACUCUUGCCUUUCUGAAGUGGAGGCCAUACUGACAGAUUUGGAAGCAGCGAAUCGGGCUCUUCUCCAUCCGCUGGUCGUCAUUUGUGUGUAUUUGAGCGGUUCAGAUGAGCUGUCCGUCAGCGGGAGAGUGGCAGAGCCAGCAACUAUCAUGGACCUGGCCUCAGCAGCAAAGCUCCGAAAUAUCCUCCUCUAUGGCAUCCAGCUUCAUCAGUCAAAGGACGCAGAGCGUUGGGAGAAGUCGGUGUUGAGGGCCGCUGAGAUCACGUCAGCCCUGAUCCGUGAGAGGAGCCCCGCCCUGGUGGGACAGCUUCUGCAGGCGUGAAGGGAAGCAGUACCAACAGAAAAUCCCCUCAGUGACUCAUGAACACAACAGAGAUCAGACAGUCGCUUUAUCAAAUACAGCAAAGUGUGAGGGAAACGCCCACAUUUAAGUACUGGGGACCCCGAAGACUUACCAACUCAAAAAAACAAUCAUCCAAAUAGAAGCAGAAGUUUGGCUCAAGCUCUAGAAGCACUGACUCCUACACAUCCCAUAAUGCAACUCAGUAAUGCUCUCCACCCUUGCCUGGUACAAAUAUACAUCUGUCAAUGUAACUCCAUUUUAAUGCAGACUUUGCUGAAAAUUCAGCUGUGGCAGCAAGAAACCUCAAUUCCACCAAGCAGGCUGGUUAUUUCAGUUAUUCACACGUUAGGACGGUUAUUUCUGCAUUUCCAGUGUCAAAAUUAACUGUUCCACCCCAGCUCAUACGGAUCUAAAACUGAAAGUUGCUGCUAGAAACACAGCAGUCCGUUGACUGGUCGAGAGGGAAUCAACACUACGAUACGAUACAAACCCGCUCUUUUUCAGUAGCAACACUAGGUGGGUUUCCAAUCACAUCUGCUCAAAACUUAGGCAAUAUUUUAGAAAUGUCGAUAGAUUACUAUUGCAAGAUGAUUGUGUUUCCACUGAGUGAUGGUAUGCAACGUCUUCUCUCACGAUAACGCUCCAGUAACCAUGGCGAUGGAUGUUUAAAAUAUUAGCAGGUUUAUUUCGAUUGCAGCCACCGCACUUUGUCAUUAUUUUCAAUCAAAGGCCACAUAGAUGCGUUUAAUGAGCGAUAAUGGAAAGGCGGGGGAGCGGCAACAUGUAAGGGAUUUUUGAGAGCUGAUAGUCCACGAUUUCACAGAGGAAUAUUGGAUUCAAACCAUCUGGAUGAUCCACUCAACUUUCUCAGAGUUAUAUGAUGCCAUAACAGCUCUUACAGCUCCUGCUGCAUCAUGAGGGAGCCAGUUCAUACUGACAAGCACACGGCCAUAGCAUCAUGUGACCUAAAGUGUUUCCAUUGCAGUUUUGUGAAAUACGGCUUUUUUCAAAUCCCUUGAAAUACCACAUCAUGCGAGCAUUUGGACUUUGUUGCGAUAAAUGGCGUAUUUUAUAUUCAAAGCUUAAUUUUGGUUAAUGGAAACAUGCCUACAGACUCUAAACACUCCAGCCUGUUGUUUUUUUUAUCCUGAAAAUACAGCGUAACUCUGUUAUGUGGACAAUCAGCGAGAUUUAGAGGUUCCUCUGUACCGUCUGUGAAGAGGAUGUACAGCGAGAGCUGGAUGGAGGAGUACCAUGUGGUAACAACGCCGCCUGCGUUUAGGAGUACUGUGUGUGGUGGAAACGCAAAACAGAUCUAUGGAUUAGUAACGUUUUUGGUACAGUUCAAAGGGUACAAUACAAAAGUAUUUGGUGGAAAAAUGGCCAAAGUGUAUGUUUUAUGGAUGUCAAAAACGCUUCUAAAAUCACUGUGGGGAUCGCCUGAAAAACACACUCUGACCACACCAACGCAGUGCUCAGGUUUGCGGUGGCGCUAAUGGCGUAGCAUGCUUUUUAAAAAGUAAUAACACUGAUAUACCUACCAGAUAACUUUAUUUACCCCCAUCUAAUCAGUGCAUAUGCAUUUUUCAGAAGUUAACUCUCAAAUGUUCUUGCUUUGGGGACACAGUGAUGCACACUGCAACACACGUACGGAAAAGCAUUAAAAAUUCAACACACGGGCUUUAAGAUGAGACUGUCUUUGAGGAAAUUGUCCAUCCUCUACUCGACUCGAGAAAUAUUGCUUUACGAUCUCAAGAAAGGGGAUAGAUUUGUUUUUCAGGUCGCAGUGCGACGACCUGAACGUCUGCAGGUGACUGACGAGUGUUUUGGGUGUUUUUGAUCACAGUUAAAGUGCUGUAUUGUGUCGUAACCAUUUCUUUUAGCGCUGGAAAAAGCUGCUCAGGACUGGAACUGUAACCAGAUGCUGCUUAUAUUUUUGUACUCCAUCAAAACUGCUUAUAUAGCAUAAUAAUAAAGAUGUUUUUUUCAUAUUCUGCUUU